AUGAAUACCGACAAACCACAACAUUCGCCUACUACCGAAUCUAAAGAAUUCUUCAUCUCUGAGGAAUCGAUUUCCUUACGGGCAGAAACCUCCCUCCAAGCUCAAGUUGAUUCUUUGGCAGAACAAUAUGGUAUAAAUCAGAAGAAACUCAUGUGGAAGAUUGAUGUUUGGGUUGUUCCGCCAUUCUGUUUAUUAUAUUUCCUUUCAUUCCUUGAUCGUGUCAAUAUUGGGAAUGCUAAUCUUUAUGGAUUGUCAAGAGAUUUAAAUUUAGUGGGUAACCAAUAUAAUAUUGCAUUACUUGUAUUUUUUGUUCCCUAUAUUUUCUUCGAAGUUGCUGCUAAUUACCUUAUGAAGAUAAUUAUGCCACACACUUUAUUGUCUACAGUGGUUUUGCUCUUCGGAGGAUUAUCUGUUGCUAUUGGAUUUGUCCAAAACUUUGGUGGCUUAUUAGCUUGUCGGUUUUUCAUUGGUGUUACUGAAGCUGCAACCUUCCCUUCGAUUUUCUACGUGUUAUCCACUUACUAUACUAAAGCUGAAGCUCAGAGAAGAUUUUCUGCUUUCUUUUCAUGUACAGUGUUAGCCGGAGCAGCUUCGGGGGCAAUUGCAUAUCAAAUCAAUGAAAUGGAUGGGGUUCAAGGUAUUGCAAGUUGGAGAUGGAUUUUCAUUAUAGAGGGUGCAGUUACAUGUGCGUGUGCCGUUCUUUUAUUCUUCAUCAUUGCCGACUUUCCUGAACAAGCAAGGUUUAUGAGUCCAGACGAACGUACUUUUGUUAAAAGAAAAUUGGAAAUUUUAUCUGGAAGUUCCUCUGCAUUUGAAAUUAAAAAUAAGGUCACUGAUGUCGUCAAAUGUUUCAAGGACAUAUUAAUUUGGUUGCCAGCUUUAAACUACUUUGGGUUGAUCAUUCCAUCCUAUGCUUAUGCCUAUUUUUCACCCGAAAUCGUGAGACAGUUGGGAUACACAGCAGUCGACGCCCAGUUGCACUCGGUCUAUCCAUACCUUUGCGCAUUUGGACUCAUUAAUAUUUCUGGUGUACUCUCUGAUCGUACAAAAAUGAGACUACCAUAUGCAUUAUUUUGUACCAUUGUGGGUACAGUUGGACUUAUCUUGGUUUUAGUUGCUACUGAAAAUACCAACGCACGUUACGCCGGGUGUUUCCUUACUGUGAGUGGAAUGUAUAGUGCAAUGCCACUAGUUGUUUGUUGGGCAGCUAUUAACUUUGGUUCCCAUAUUCGUAAAUCAGUCGGGACUGCUUGGCAAAUCGGAUUUGGUAAUAUUGGUGGUAUUAUCGCAACAUUCAUUUUCGUAGCCACAGAUGCACCAUGGUAUAAGCGAGGUUUGGCUGUUUCCCUUGGUGGUGCUGUCUUCUCGUUGAUAUGCUCUGUUGUGUACUUCUUGGUAUGCCAAAGAUUAAAUAAACUCAAGAAGACUGAAGCAUAUAAAGACAAAUUUAUGACUUUGUCUGAACGUGAGCAAAUCAAUGCCGGUGACAGAAAUCCUACUUUUAGGUACUUGUACUAG